AGUGUUGAACUCUCACGUGUAUCCGGAACCUGGAAGCCACAAAGGCACUUUUAAAUACGGAAACUUUGCUGUAACAUAGCACAAAUAGAAGAGAGAGAGGAGAGAGAGAGUGUGAGAGGGAGACGCACUCACUCACUCACUCACUUAGAAACGUAUCUUUUGCCUAAAUGUUUCCCUACCCUUUUUGAGAUUCCUCAAAACGACCGAUUAUAAUUCACAAGCAUCAAGCUUUUCCAAGCUGGGACUGCUCGGAUCAAAGACUCGGCACUCAUGUGAAUAUCGUAUUUUUCUUUGAGCUUUGAGUUGUUGUGAAAAAUAACUGGACUUUUUUGGGACAUUGUUGACAAUGGAGAACCCUAGGACUCCAGAAACCCUAGAAGCUCAAAACCCAAGUGGUAAAACCCUAGAAGAGGGUUCUGGGUUGUUAGAGUGGAGUGAAAACUGUACUGGGUUAGAAUCUUUUUCUGACAUUUUGGGAGGUAGUGGGGAAAGAGUGAAUGUUACUGGUAAUGAUGUUGGACUUGGCACUGUGGAAGUGGCAGCUCAAGUGUUAGAAGCUGAGAAAGGAACUCUAGAUGGUAUAAAAGGAGGAGAUUUGGAAUUGGGUGUGGAUUCGAUGUCUGGUGUUUUAAACAGUUGCGUGAAAGGCGUGGGGGCUGAGGAGGUUGUUUUGGUUAAUGGUGAGUCUGAUGGAGACAAUGAGGCUCAAAUGGGCUCUAAGCAGUUGCAACCAGAUAAGGAAAAAGAUGUUCAAAUGGGUUCAGUGGAGCCACAAUCAGAUGGGAGCUUAGAGGGCUUGGGUGGAGAUGAGAGUAAAAAGGAUGGAGAUCAGAAGAUGGCUGAAGAUGAUGGCAUGAAUGAAGACAAAGCAUUGGGACCAAAUGGGAUUGAUACAGCUAGCAAGAAGAUAGAAGUUUCUGGUGAAGGUAUAUCGCUGUUUGUGGAUUUUAGUGGGCCUCCACCAGGAUUUAAUGAAAAUGAUCUUCAUGUGACAAGUUUUCCUGGGUAUGAAAGCAAGGAAAAUCUAGAAGAAUUUGGAGAUGAUGAACAGGAGAACAGUAUUGAUUAUCAAGAUUAUGAUUUUGCUGUGGGUGAUAUUAUAUGGGUUAAAACCAAAACUCAGACAUGGUGGCCGGGGAAAAUUUAUGAUCCUGUAGAUGCAUCAAAGUAUGGUGCGAGCGAUGAACAAGGGGGUUGUCAACUUGUUGGAUAUUUUGGGAUGAGUCAUGUUGCAUGGUGCCAUCCUUACCAACUAAAACCUUUUUAUGAGUACUUUGAACAGAUGUCAGGGCAGAACAAGGCUAGAAUAUUCCUUGGAGCCGUAGAGAAGGCUCUCGAAGAGUUUGGUCGGCGUGUAAAAUUGAAUAUGACUUGUAUGUGUGUUUUGAAAGAAAAUCGCCUCUCAGUUGGUGGUGCAGCAUCUGAUGAAGGAGUUCCAAUGCUUGAGCGCAAAUCUGGUGAACUUGGUGAAUUUACAAUUACUCAUUUUAAUUCUGCAGAGUUUCUUGCACAUCUCAAAAAUCUUGCACAAGUUGUUUCAUCGGUUGGAAUGCUUGAUUUUACUGUCACACGAAAUCAAUUAUCAGCCUUCUACCGCUCCAUAGGUCACAGCCAGCUGCCUAUGCAUCUACUCCAGGAGACAAAUUAUGCUAGAGACGUUUCUCAUUACAGUUUAAUGGCUGCAAGUAAUGCUGACAUUCAGGUUGGACAUGAAGAUACUGAGUUAGGUGAAGUGUUCUUGAAAAGCACACCAUUAACUACUUUGCAGAAGCGAUCAAAGGUUAAAGUUUUACAUCAAGAGACGAAUGAAGGGAAUGCAGUUUUAGUCAAUUGUUUUGAUGGGGACAAUGGUGCUGAUAAAGGUUUCAUCUCAGGUUUAAAAUCCAGGAAGAGAAAGAUGAAGAGGGAUUCUGAAGUUGAACAUGAGAGCGAGGCUUUCGAUGUAGGAAAUGGUGAUGGUGCGAAUGAGGGAAUGAUUGAAAAAGGCAUGGAGUCAAGAGAACGGAAGAAGAGCAGGUACUUGUCUUACCCAUACAUAAACUGGGAGCAGAAAGGAUUGCUUGCUGAAAUGGAUGAUGGCAAAGUUUUGAAAGCUACUCAUGAAGGUGUCGCUGCAAAUACUGAUGCUGGCCAAUCUAGUGGGCUGCCUUCUAAUUUUAAAUGUAGCGGUGAGAAGUUCUGGAGAAAAUGGUAUAGAAGGCUUACAGGUGUAAGUAGCAUAUCUGGUAAUUCAAACUUAAAAGAUGCAUCUUCUGCUAACUUGCUUUCUGAAGUCUACUCUGCUGCUGUCGACUGCCUAUAUCCAAACGAAAACAAGACAUUUGAUUCAGUUGGCUGGUUUUUUUCUAGAUUCAGGAUCUCGGCAUUCCAUGACGAAUCUAUUUGUGAAACCUAUGGUAACAGUAUGGCUGGUCAGGAUGAGGAUAAAGAUGCUAAACCCUGCCUGUUGGGUAGUGGUCAGAAUGAGGCAAAAUGUGAACCCAAAAAAAAGAAAAAGGCUAAUCUGAAGCAUCCAGAGGGUAAAGAUUCUGCCAGCCUGCCGUGUUUAGAUCAAAUCACCACAACUGCUAAAAAAGAAAAGAAAAGGGGACGAGCAAAUUUGGGAAAAUUGAAGACUAAAUCCCUUUCCGGGCUAUCAGAUGUGAAUAUAAGCAUUUCCGCUGAUAACUUUUUGGGGCAAGAUUCCUUGGAUAUAAGUCCUCUCAUGCCUUGUGGUAAACCUAAGCAAAAGAAAAGCAAGAUGGAGGAACGAGCAAGUCCAGUGUGUCUGCAGACUAAACAAACCACUGGCAUACCAGAUUUGAAUGGGAACAAUCUUGUACCUAGCCUUCUCGUGGAUGAUCGACAGGCUAUUGGCCAUGCUGCUUCUGAAGGAAAAGUUGAGUUAGAAAAGGGGUUAGGGAAUGAAACUGCUUCGGAGCCUUCAAAGCCUAAUAUCAUUGCUGGCUUUGUAGAUACGAAUGGAAACAAUGUGAAACCUGGUACCUUGGUGGUAGAUUUGCGGAUAUCUCCUCAAGCUUUGUCAUGUCUAGACUCUAAACAGGUCACCGGCCUGCUCUCAGCUGAAAGUAGGCCUGUACAGAAAAAGAGAAAGAGAAAGGAGAAAGCAGAAGCAAAGCAUCCAGCUGAUGGUAUUCCAGAUUUGAAUGGAAAUAGUGCUGAAUGCAACUCAUUGGGAAAGGAAUUCCAGGAGUCCAAUGGCCUUGCACCUCCAAUUAAACCUGAGCGGAAGAAGAGGAGGAGAAAAGGAGAAGCUACUACUAUACAGAGGAAACUGGAUAUGAAUCAUGGUCAAGCACAGAUUACUGAAAAGGCUCUAGGGACUGCUCUUCUGUUGACCUUUUCCCCAGGAGUACCAAUGCCUUCAAAAGAUGAUUUAAUUUCAACAUUUUGUCGGUUCGGGCCCUUGAAGGAAUCAGAGACACAGUUGUUAAAAGAUCCUGGUUCUGCCCAGGUCGUAUUCAUGGAAAAUGCUGAUGCUGGGGAAGCGUUUCGGAGUUUAGAGAAGAACAACCCUUUUGGUGCAAACCUCGAUAGUUACAAGCUGUUUCAUCUUCCAUCUGUGUCCAGGGUUUUAGAAACAGGCUGGUCUCUACCUACAAGUCUUUCCUCUCCAACUAUGCCUGGAAAAGCACCUCGCCUUGACUUCAUAAGGCAGAAUCUUCAGAUGAUGACAUCAAUGCUAGAGACGUCGGGGGAUAAUCUUUCUCCAGAGAUGAGAGCCAACCUAGAGUGUGAAAUUAAAUCCCUCCUGCAGAAGGUGAGCUCCAUGACUGGUUCUUCCUCUUCUUAGUUUGGACUGCGGGUUAUGUAGUUUUUAUAUGGGUUGUCUGUAAAUGUAGCGACUGGCUCCUUGGGCAUGCUCUGUAGGUGGUGUUAUGUUAGAAUUGGAACCUCUGUAAUUUAUUGCAUGAGAGGGCAUGGGCAAAUGACCUAUUGCAUUGGAACCUCUAUGUAUCUCUAGCAACUCCGUUUUUCUUUCUUUACAUACUCUCUCUCUCUCUC